UCCCAUUAACAAGACUAAAAAAUCACUUAGUCUUCGCAAACAGUGAUUAGAGGGGAGGUCGGAAUCAUAACUGCAUGAGGUUUACGACAAGCUGGUCAACGUGACCUGUCAACUGCUGUAAGUUGUCGUUUAAGGGAGGCGCACAAUAAAUAUUUCUCAUUAAAGAAACGUGUUGAGGGUGCUUAUUCCAGUAAGUACAGUGUUGGAAAGUGGUAGUGAGAUUAGAACAAUGAAUUCACUGCUCGAUCCUUUACAUCCAACUACCGUAACGCUCGAAGGGGGUGUUUAAAAAAAUUGAUUUUUAAUCUUUCCUGUCUGUGAAGCAAACACAAAGGCAUUCUUUGUUGAUAUUAAUAAAACUUUUAGAAAAGGAUCUCAUUUUUAUGUAGCUUCGCUUAUGCUCAAUCGUGCUCACUUAUUUAAAAAGUUCAACGUCCAAAUAAUCGGUGGCUUUUGUGGAAAACUACAUUCAAUUAAAUGCGUCGUCUAUUUUUUUAAGCAAGAACAUUUAAUGCACGUUUGUGAGGUUUUCUAGUAAAACGGUUUAUCUGCUGAUAGAAACGUUCCAAUUUUGUUUUAAGGGCUUUUUGCUUCUUUUUAUCGGGUAGUGACUAAAUGUAAUUCAUUCGCACUUAUUAGGUGUUCGUUCAUUAAGGUUACAUGCUAAAGCCGAUAUAGAAAUCUUUUUUUUAUUUUUACCAUUGAUUUGACAACCUUGACAACCACUUCGCGAAGUAUUGAAAAGAUAUCCGGUGCAAAGUUAACGUUAAGGCAACAAAAUUUUCAAUAAAAAAUUCCUAUUUAACACGUACAAUUGGUUAUUUUCUUUUGUUCUGUGUUUUAAUGCUUGCUUUGUUCCUUUUUUUAUACCCCUAAGAAUUCUGAUUGCUUCUGAUUUUAACUUAUUUAAAGCAUUGUUUAGCUCAGCACCUGAAAAAUCAAACUUGUUAAGAUUUACAUAUCAGAUAAUUUGAUCCGGCUUUUUUGAAAUGUGAAGUCUCUAAUUUGUGUUGAAUUUCUACGACUUUCAUGUGGAGCUAAACAAUGGACAAUAAUUGGACUCAAUUUCGUAAACAAGUGUACCCUUAUCACCCUCCUGCAGAAAUAUUUCACUAAGCGAGAGUCGUAUGUACUUUUGCAUCCGUGGAGAAGUGUGUGAAUAGAUACUUCUCGUUAUUUGGAGAAAUAAGAUUUUUCUUUGCCGCACACUUGAUUACACGACUGAAAUAAAUUCUACCUUAAUUAACAAGCUACUCUUCACAAAACAAAAUUUCUUUUGCGUUCACAAUAUUUUGUGUUAAUUUCUAUAUACACACCAUGUUAUCCGAGCAAAUUGGUAAAAAAGGAUGAAAUUUCAGGGGGUUAUUUAUUACGUUACCUUACCAAAUCAAUUCAUAUACUUGCAGGUUCCUUGCUUGACUUUAAAAACAUUCACCAUCAUAAAUAGUUGUUGUAACUUGUUUUUCUAACAAAUCCGUAUGUAGUAAUAUGUGGAACAUACGUUAUUGAAAAAAAUUAUGCAAAAUGGCGCGGAAUUGUAAUUCUUUACGGGGGUAAUUUAAUUGCGCGUAAUUUUGAUGUGUGAAGAAAUUUGAAAAUCGAUUUAGAAAAUUUAAUUUAAGAAAUUUAAAACGUUGGUAAAAAUCUUGUACAAAACGUGCUCACUUUUUACAAACUAAUUUUUGGUAAUAGUUGUUACAUGUCUGAAAUAUAAACGAUAUAAAAGAUCGAAUUCUCUGUGUUAUAUGAUUAAACAAAAAAAUUUAACUGAAAAUAUCCAAUUUUUUUCAUCCUUUUUUUUAUAACAUUUGGUUCUUAACAGACUUGAAAAAGGGGAACAAAACUCCAGCUAAAAUUUUGCCACUACCAACCUUAUAUCAUAGAUGGUGAUGUGUCUCAGGGCUUCUUAGCCCAAUUUAAAAAAAUUAGAAAAGCCUUGAGGAUAAAGUUGACUAAGUGUAAACCAAAAAAUUGUUUGAAAUGGACAUCAACCAUGCCACACAAAAAAAUAGAAGAAUAAAAAAUCAUUUUAGUAACCCCCUGAUACUCAUUCAAAAUUCGAGUAAUGAAAUGAAUUUGAAAAGCAAUCCAUCCAGAUUAACUUUUGUUUUGGAUUGAUUAUAAUUAACGAAGUGAGAUAUAGUUGAGAAUUUUAAAUUGUUAGGACACAACCCACUUCCAAGGAUUAAAUUUAAUAUCGCGCACUAAGGCACGAUCAAACGAGAAACCACGCGAAAUUUGCGUCGUAAAAAAUGGCGUCUUUCAUGAUAGAUGAUAUUUUGAAGAAGGAAGACUUACCAAAGGAUCAUGGGAAAAAUGAAACUACAACCAAUUUGAACCCAAAACAGUUAAAGCUCUCUUUUCGUCCUUUACAUAAAUACCACUGUAUACCACAAGUGAAGAAUUUACCGAGCGAUGUAACAGUUAAUGACGAAACCAGCAAAAGCGAACACUUCACAAUCAGAAGAAAGCGUCGUGUGCUGUUUGCUCGAGAACAAACAUUAGAGCUUGAAAGAGUUUUCCAACGUCACCAAUAUUUAACACUGCAACAGAGGUACCAUUUAUCAAAAAGAAUCAAACUCUCUCCUACGCAGGUGAAGAUAUGGUUUCAAAAUCAUCGAUAUAAACUAAAGAAAUAUUUUAAAGACAAUGCAAUCGAAGCCAUGCCGCUUGGAAAAAUGAGCGGUGAAAAGGGCACUACCUGCUCUCCAACGGAGAUAUAUUGUCGUUGCAAAGAAUGCGCUUUACCCUGCCUCCCAGCUCCUCGCAAAAUGUAGAAUUAGACCUGUGCAUAGCAGGCAUGCUAUAACGCGAAGUCUUGCUAGCCUAAUAAAUCUCAUGGCCGUCAACUAUGUGCAGUUUUACAGUGUUAGCAAUUACACCAAAAAGAGUUCCUUGGAUUUAUAUUGGUUUGUUUUGUAGGCUAGCGGAACUGUUAUUACACAGUGAACGAAUUCUUUAAAAAGUUGCACAUUAUUAGUUUUUUCGUAAAUACAAACUGUGCUUCUCAUACCUGUUUUACAAAGAAUAAUCAAUUGAUCGGUAGAUAUUGUUGAAAGAAACAGCUUCUGAUAGGAAAUUUUGUUUGAGAAUAUUACUUCUUUUCAUGUAACCUAAUUGUAUUUUCUUUUUUAAAAACCGUUUAUGACAAACUAAAGGUUUUUUUCAGUACUGGAUUUUUUAGGCUUCAAAAAAUCAGGAAACUAAUAAAAGUAAUUUUUUUAUGAAAUAUUUCUUUCUGAACUCUUUGUACAUACGCAUGCGUGAUUAAACAACGUACAAGUCGAUAUUAAUUUUAAUCGACAAAGAUGAUGUUGCUAACGAUCUUGGUAUUUCAGUAUCUAUAAGUUUAAAAAAACAAAUAAAAAACUUU